AUGGCCUCUGCAUUCGAGCCCUCCAUGUCGUCCAGCCUUUCGAGGCCGCCGCCCAUGGCCACAGGCCCCUCCAUCGCCGACACGCUGCCCAACAUCAACUUUGGCUUUGACGACCUGCGCGAUCGCAUGGCCAAGUUCACUGUCAAGUUCGACGCCUUUAUAGAGCAAGGCCGCAAGCGUGUGCUCGAGGAGAGAAACCAAUUUCACAUGAACAUUGCUGAGCUACAGGCGCAUGAAGAAGAAGGACAUUGA